AUGUUGUCAAUUAAAUCUUUAGCUACAGUCUUAUUUAUAACAGCAAUACUUUUUAAUAUCGUGAAUGGAGCUGACCCAAAUCGUAUGCUUCAACUAGUUAAUGCUGAACGUAAAAAAGUUAAUUCGCCUGAUCUGACUUUAGAUAAUCGGCUUAAUAAGGCUGCUCAAAACCACGCUGAUUAUAUGGCAAAUGUUAAAAAGUUAACUCAUGAUGAACCAUCAGGAGAUCCUGGUGCUAGAAUGAAAACCCAGGGUUAUAAUUGGUCUGCGUAUGGAGAAAAUAUUGCUCAAGGCCAAAAAAAUGAAGAAGAAGCUAUGAAAUC